CCCAAGGCCGAUGGACAGGAGAACCGGGUCAGACAGUGCAGUUCAUGAGUGUCAACAUCUCUGAAGAUCGAUCCUGCACCCAAUGUAUUGAGUCAUAACGGCAGCUAUAUUUCAUCGGGAGUUUGAGAAGACAUGGUUAAAAAGAGCAAGAAAUGGAACUGCAAAUUAUGUGGAGAGAAACAGUCAGUGCUGAAGGUAUAUGGCCAGGGCUCAGGGUCUGAUUGCCGAAAGCACGUUCAGAAGCUAAACCUGCUGAGAGGGAUGAAGAUGCAGGCAAUGGAAGCCACUACUUGGCCGACUGAGGAGCCAGGAUAUUCCGGCAAUGACUGCCAACCCGAGAAAUAUUGUGUGGUGAAUGAACCGAAUCAAGCAACCAGUCGCUGGUGUGUUUACUUGGACCAGAAGCACGUGGAAGAACCAGUCGAGCAGGAAGGAGGAGACGACAAGAUUGUGUACACAGACAGACAGCAGUUCCAGACAGAUAUGAAGAAUGCCAUCAGUAAACGAAGUAACCGUAAAAGAGGAUCACAUCUUGACUCUGAGAAGCUGGAUACACGUGGACAUUCCACUCAUAGCAAUUGGAAGGAGACUGCUAGAAAGAAAACGCAACUGAAUUCCAAGAUAAACUGGGACAAAAACUGGAACCCAGAACUUGGAGAAGGGAGUGAUAUCUUAAACAAGUCCAAAUUGGAAUACAGCUCUCCAGUUCAACAGGGUGAGAAAAGCCGAAGUGAUGAAGCUUUCCUACCCAAACAGCCUUCAAAGUGGGAUAGAUUCCUGCCUCACAGCCACACAACAGGUAGUGAGCACCCUGUCUGUCCCACGCAGCACAUGUGGCUGCAGGAUUCUACUUCCACUCGCUUUCCCUUGGAACGUUCAGUCCUCGAAGAUCAAGAUGAUGAUGUGGAUCAUUCUGUGCUUUCUGCCAGUUUGGUGCUGUCUAGCAACACUUGGCCGCAUGGUUCACUUAGGACAGAAACAGCUAUGGAGAAGGUAAUGACUAGACCACUCAAAGCUGCCUCCAUGGAACUUUUUGAGGAAGCUAGUGGAUUGGUGGAUUCACCUGAACUUAGUGACUCUGCAGGAGUGAGCAAUAAUGCAUGUGGAGUUGGGAAAGACAGCCAGCCACAAGAAUCUUCCCUUGAAUUUCUACACUGCACUACUGAAGACUCAUGCAACCUUAAACCAGUGACUUCCUUGUCCUUGCCGGCUCUAACUCCGCAUCCACCAUCAGUCAGACGAUCACCAGGAAUAGCCCCUGGGCUAACCACCAAGCAGCCCUAUUCUUUUACAUCACUCUUUCAGACGGGUGAGGACUUUGAUGAUGAUCUGUGAUUUUUAUUUUUGUUGUUAAGGACAUUUUUAGAAUUAUGUCAUUUAAUAAUACACCUUUAGGGCCGGAACUGUUGUGUUGCUACACAAGUUUCACGCACUCUGUCUGAAGCCACUGUGUGUUUUAAGUACUGAGGUUGACCUGAAACUAUUUUUCACAGGGUAGGUGGAUAGUUUACGUGAAGCCACUAAAAAUCCCUUUUGAUAAUCCCUUGAAGUGAAUCUCUUGAAAUGCUGGUGUCAAACCUAUACCAUCUUACAGAUUGUCUGAUUUUAAUAUAUUCUGUUCUGUUUGUCACUUUUAUUGUAUUAUAUGCAAAAUAUAUAAAAACAUCCAUAUUUCAUCAGGACUGUCAAGGAAGAAAGUAGAGACCAGAAUAAGAAGAUGGAGGGAGGGGAAGAGUACAAGCUGGCAGAUGAUAGACUGGACCAGGUGAGGGGGAAAGGUGGAUCUGG